GGGAAGGAGCCAUUCCGAUAACUCGGUCCCUCCGAAGCCGUGGAUUAACUUUCGUGAAUUUUCUUUUCUUUUUCCCCUCCCGAUAUGACAAAGCGCCUCUCCACCCCGAGGCUUCGCCGAUACGGCUUCGUGGCGUGCGCCGACGCCGUGGGACGAAGAAGAAGAGGAAGACGACGACGACCGCGGACGACACGGCGCCGACGUCCGGGAGCCCACGUCGCUCCAAGCUCCGCGCGAAGCGGACGACGCGGGCGUGCUCGCCAGGCCACCAUGCGUCGCGGUACCGCCCCCUGCACGCCGUCGUCGAGGUACGCCCGGAGAAGAACAGUGUCGACGCCUCCACAGGCUGGGAUUAACAGCGGCCUCGGAGCGGCGUUGAUCCUGCUGUCCUGGGCGCUGGCUCUUCCAGCUGCCGGCGAACCGCAGGGCAGCUUCGAGCGCCUGAUGGAGGCCGCCGGGAAGUCGUCCCACAGGCGUCGCGACCCGGCCGACCUGGACGACGGCAGCUACCGGUAUCCGCGGAGCAGCUUCGACCGUUCGGACGACCUGGACGACGCGGGCUUCCAGGAGCCCCCGCGCAGCUUCGAGCGACUGAUGGCCCAUGGUGCCGGGGAGUCCUCGUCACCCAUCAAGCGCACCAAGCCUGCCGACAUGGACGGUAGCUACCGGGCGUACUACAUGAACGACUACUGCAACGCGGGCCAGAAGGCGCUGCCCGUGCACCUGCAGCUGAACAGCGACCAGGCGGGCGUCGUGCUCUACUCGCACCGGCGCAAUUCGACGCCCCGCUCGAGCGUCUGUCAGCUGCCCUUCCAGGUGGAGAACGCCGCCAAGUUCACGCUCUCCUUCCGGUUCUUCGACACCGUCUCCGAGUCCUUCAUCUGCUUCAUGUACCUGGAGUUGGUGUCCAGCACCGAGACGACAGACCUGCUCUGCGGCAAGGACUACACGGGCACCAAGAGCAUGGUCAAGGCUAGCUCGUCUCUGACGCUACGCUGGACGGUGUCCGCCCGGGAGGUGCUCAAGCGGCUCGGAGGCUUCGAGAUCGUGAUCACCGGAUUCCAGCAGCCCGAGUCCAGCGGCUGUGCCAAGGGCAUGACCCGCUGCACCAACGACCGCUGCGUCUGGAGCGGCUUUAAGUGCGACGGCAAGGACAACUGCGGCGACUUCAGCGACGAACGACUCUGCUUCGCCGGCAAGCAAGACUUCACGCUGUACCUGAUCGCGCUGUUCGUCAUCACGCUCAUGCUUCUGGCCAUCGGCGUCGUUUUCAAGAUCAUGUACAACAAGUACCCCGUAGUGAUCGCCGGAGGUCCGGAGCCCGUGGACGCGAACCGCGAAGGGAUGGUGCAGACCGUGCUGUUGCCGGGGCCCCCGCCCGCCAUGGUCGUGCGUCGGAAGGGCUCGGUGCAAGACUCCACGGGCCGUCCCAGGGCCGGGAGCGUCGUCAGAUGAGGCUCGCCACGUGUGGCGCCUAUAUAACGUAUCGCCGCACCGCGCACAACGAAAUAAAAAUUUACGGAAACGA